UGGAUGAGAGGAACGGACACAGAGAAAGAAGAGUCGGUUGUGGUUGUGUUUGUGUUUGUUCGGAAAGUGCUCACACAGAGGGAACUGAGUCCAAUUUUUUUUAUUAAAUUAAUUAAUUGAGAGAGGGUUGCCAUUUGCAAUCCUUUUUUUGCCCACACUGUUCUGAUUCUUCUUUCCUUUGCCCUAGAUCUUUCUCUCUCAAUCAUUGGAUUUGGUUUACCUUAAUCCAUAUCCUUCUUUUUUUCCAUCCCUCAACUCCACCAUUUUCGGAUUUCUCUGCAUCAAUCUGUCAGUUAGUUGUAGGGUAUAGGCUCUUUGUUUCUGUGGGUUGGAGUGGGGGAGCACGUGGAUGAUAAAGAGAUUUGCUGGAGGUGAACAGUGUGAUGCAUUUGCAUAGAUGAAGACAGAAAAAGGUUGGCGUUUGGACAGCGUGGGUGAUAUGCAGAUACUGCCUGGGUCUCGCCACCGUCCUCCCAUGAAGAAGCCCAUGUGGAUUAUUAUCUUGGUGUUGUUUGUUUGUGUCUUUCUAAUCUGCGCUUAUAUCUACCCACCAAAAAGCAAGUCGGCCUGCUAUGUCUUUUCUUCCAGAGGGUGCAAGGGUUUUGUUGAUUGGCUUCCACCUAUGCCCGCAAGAGAAUACACCGAUGAGGAGAUUGCUUCACGUGUUGUGAUUAAGGAUAUUUUGAACUCACCGGCAAUUGUUUCAAGAAAAUCAAAAGUUGCCUUCAUGUUUUUGUCACCUGGCUCUCUACCAUUCGAAAAAUUAUGGGACAAAUUUUUCCAAGGUCACGAAGGAAAGUUCUCUGUUUAUGUGCAUGCAUCCAAGACAAAACCAAUUCAUGUGAGUCGAUAUUUUGUUAAUCGGGAUGUACGCAGUGACCAGGUGAUUUGGGGUAAAAUUUCUAUGGUUGAUGCAGAGAGACGGCUAUUAGGGAAUGCCCUUCAAGAUCCUGACAACCAGCAAUUUGUUCUACUGUCUGAUAGCUGUGUGCCUCUGUAUCAUUUUGAUUAUAUUUACAACUAUCUGAUGCAUACAAAUAUCAGCUUUGUUGACUGCUUUAAGGAUCCUGGUCCUCACGGCAAUGGAAGGUAUUCAGAUCGCAUGCUUCCUGAAGUUGAGGUGAAGGACUUUAGAAAGGGUGCACAGUGGUUUGCGAUGAAACGGCAGCAUGCAAUUAUAGUCAUGGCUGAUAGCCUGUAUUAUUCAAAAUUCCGGUCUUACUGUCAGCCCGGUUUGGAGGGGCGGAAUUGCAUUGCUGAUGAGCAUUACUUGCCGACCUUCUUCCAGAUGGUUGAUCCUGGUGGAAUUGCAAACUGGUCAUUAACUCAUGUUGACUGGUCUGAGAGAAAAUGGCACCCGAAGUCUUAUAGGCCUCAGGAUGUAACUCAUGAACUUUUGAAGAAUAUCACGUCCAUCGAUGUUAGCGUGCACGUAACCAGUGAUGAGACGAGAGAAGUGCAAAGCUGGCCUUGCUUAUGGAACGGGAUUCAGAAGCCAUGUUACUUAUUUGCUAGGAAAUUCACUCCUGAAACACUGGAUAAUUUGUUGCAUCUAUUUUCCAAUUAUUCAGCACCAUGAGCCAGCUAUUUUGAUCUAUUCUUUGGUCGAAAAGUUGUUACUUUCGGCCCCCAUCUUGGUUUCUCAUAUGACAUGAGACUUGUAAAUUGCAGCAUUAUUGAGGUCUGAUCGCCUGGCAGCCGCAUAUAUUGAGUGCAAGGUGAACUGGCCAUGGAGUUCGGUGGCUUAACAUGGACAGAACAGGAGGCUAACGAUUCAGUGUUCCUUCCUUUGGGAUGGACGGCUUAUUUUUUUUCCUUCCAUUUCGGUUAUAUUUUACAUGAUAGAUUUUGGAGGAAUCAUAUCAACUCAUUAUGGUUGUUCAUCUUUGUAAAACAUGCCAGUUUUUUAGUUCAAAACACCUUACUGUUCAUUCAGAAAUUCAUUUGUCCA